UGUCGAAGGGCAAAGGUUCUCUUUCGUAUGAGCUGUCUUCUACAACUUCUUUAGUGAAAUAAUCCAGUUUUUCCGGUUAAGUUUAUGAUGUUGUUAGAGACUCCAGGAGAAGACGCCAAUUUUCUAUGAUCGCUGUUUUAAUCAUUAUCUGAUAUUAAUUGACUGCAUGUAGAUGUAAGGAUGUAUUGGGAGGGAAGGAUUUACAUAAACAAGUACAGGGGCCUACCGUCCUUAAAUGUCAUUUCACGGGUUACCCUCCAAAAAGCUUGACAACGUUUUCCGUAACUUACAAGUCAGCGCUAUUCCUAACUGUCUUCCCAGGUAAGCCACAUAAUGGGAACAAGGAUGCUUUCUAAACGUCCCCAGGGCUUUAUUAAGCCAGGCUUUGAACUGGUUUGGGAAGUGUUCAAAAACAGCCUGGAGUCUGGCAGUGAGGAGGGGGGUAGUUUUGCCGCCUACCACCAGGGGGAGCUUGUUGUGAACGUGUGGGGUGGCUGGGCAGACAAGGAGUCUCUCCGUCUGUGGAAGGAAGACACAGCAUCCUUCUUCUUCUCAACAACAAAGAGUGUGUCAUCGGUUGUAGUGGCCCACCUCGUUGACAGAGGCUUGCUGAGGUAUGAAGAUCCAAUCUCCAAGCACUGGCCAGAAUUUGCUGAAAAGGGCAAAGGGGAGAUAACUCUGGAGACAUUUAUCAGUAACAGGUCAGGUUUAGCCGAUCUAGAAGAACCAUAUCAGUUGUCAUGGUUACGAAAUGAUCCUCAUCGCCUUGGUGUUGUUCUAGCCCGAGCAAGGCCUCUUUGGGAACCAGGGAAGCAUCAUGGGUAUCAUCCAAUCACAUUUGCUCUGUACCUGGAUCAGAUCGUGAGGCGUACCGACCCAGGGAGACGAAGUCUAGCUCAGUACUUUGAUGAGGAAAUAGCAAAGCCUUUUGACAUUGACUUCAACAUCGGGAUGCCAAGGCAGCUCCAGCACCGGGCCACACGCCUCCAUGUUGAGAUGCAGGCACUCCGGGAUUACUAUGGCAACAAAAACGGCAACUUUGCUGGGGACCCUUAUAUCUUCAGUCUGACCAUGAAAAACCCACGGGACUGGAGGAGAACUCAGUGUCUGCAUGACCCCGACUUCAUGGACGUUCCCUGUGGAUCAUCUCACGGGGUCGGCACUGCCAGGGCUGUUGCCAAGUUUCACAGCAUCCUGGCCAACGGGGCAGACAGUAAUGGACGUAGGAUUAUCUCCCCUGAUGCGACAGAGCGGCUGCAGAUUCCGUUGUCAUGGGGUGUGGACAAAACGUAUGGAGGGAGUGACAUUUACAGCCUCGGCACAAGUUUACUACCUGUAGUGGAGGCGGGCCAGGUUCACUACAUGGUUGGUCAUGGAGGUUUCGGAGGUCAGUUCGCCGCGGCAGAUACCAAACAUCACGUCGGCUUCGCCUAUGUCUCGAACUUCCUCGACCCUCUUGCUACUGUGACAAAGAGGUCAAAAUGGUUGCCUCUGUACGAAGCUCUGUUCCAGUGUGUUCUGAAGGUGGAAGGAGUGAUAUACGAGAGGAAGACAUACAGCUCCUUCUCUGACAACCUCCAGCCCCCACACAGCAAACUAUGAUGAAGGAUGUUUGUGUGUUUGAGAUAUCAGAAUUGUGAUAUGGAAUUGAUAAGGAAGUUUGAUUGUGUGUUUGAGAUAUCUGAAUUGUGAUGUGGAAUUGAUAAGGAAGUUUGAUUGUGUGUUUGAGAUAUCAGAAUUGUGAUAUGGAAUUGAUAAGGAAGUUUGAUUGUGUGUUUGAGAUAUCAGAAUUGUGAUAUGGAAUUGAUAAGGAAGUUUGAUUGUGUGUUUGAAAUAACAGGAUUUCGAUUUGGAAUUGAUAAAGGAAGUUUGUGUGUGUCUAUGAAAUUGUAAUUCCCGGAUGAAAAUUGUUCCUAGGCUACAUAACUUGGCACAUCAUGUCACAGAAUGCAUUGUGUAUUUGUUUCUGUUAUGUGGAUCUUGGACUUAAUCAUGUAUGAUGCUGUUGGUGGGAGAAACACAAUAACAACAGGUUGCAAUUCUAUAGGCAAUAUAUGAUGCAGACGGUGUUCCUCAAGACACAGGUAUUUAUACCAGUCCACUUUGUUAAAAACUAAUCUGUGCGACUUCCAGGCCAUAGAAAUUCUAUAAAUGUUUCCACUUUUAAUAAAGUGUUGUUUAAAAAAGAAGGUUGGUCUUGUUUCUGAGUUUUUAUUACAAGCACUAAUAUUAUGAUCAGUUGUUGUUGUCUACUCAUGACAAAAAACACAUAAAUAUUUGCAAGUUACUGUAUGUAUAUUACAUAUAUAUAUCUGGUCCAGAGAUGUAUUAAAUCAAUCAAUGAAAUAUGCAAGUUUUUAAAGUCAAAUAUCUUGGGUUAUAUUGAUCGUUGGAUAUAUAUUAAGCAGAAUACACAGAUGUCUUGGGUACACUAAGCAGAAUACACAGAUGUCUUGGGUACCUUACUGAAAGGUAGAUCGAUUGAAGCUGACCUAACCAUGCAUUGCCAGAAGGAUUUGGGGAAGUACAAGCUUGGCCUGAUGACGACAGUGGUUGUCAAUCACCCGAUGAAAGAGUCGAAUUACACCAUAAUAAACUCCUCCACAUUUACGAAGACUAAAGACGAAGAUGUUGGUCCUUAGCAAAUGUUGAGUAGUAUGAAUGUGCUGUAAUGCAGAAAUGAUGUUAUGAGUAUUGUACCUUGACAUGUCAGUGCCUACCGGUAUAAGAAAAUCAGAUAAUCACUAUCUCUAUAAAUAUCUAUAUCACAUAUGUAUUUCAUUUUAAGGUAGAAUGAUGUAUGUUUUCCUUUGCACCAUUGCUAUUUUUAUAAAAUUAUGUGAAUCAUAUGAAAUGUCUAAUUUAUUAUGUAAUAAAAUAUUGAAGAUUUU